UCAGCGGAGAUGCGGCAUUGCGCCGUCGAUACAAUCUUUGCACAUUACAUUUUUGCAUUACGACUGUAACACGUGGUGAUGUUUACAAGUUGGUGGAAUGUUGACUUCUGUGUGAGUGACCUUGAAUGAUUGUGCGUGAUGUGGAGUAGUGAUUUGCCAGUGAGAUCUUAAUCAAGAACUUCAAAAUGUAUAAAAUUAACGUUUCGUUAGCGUGCUUAUUAUUCGGAAAAGCUCAUAUCAAAAAAGGUCUUAUCCACCAUCGGCAGAAAUGUUGCCACUACUCCUCUGGGCUCAACAAGCACAUAGAAAAAAUCCUCAUUGCAAAUCGUGGAGAAAUAGCUUGUCGUGUAAUGAGAACAGCAAAGAAGCUUGGUAUUAAAACUGUUGCAGUAUAUAGUGACGCAGAUGCUGCUGCUCUACAUGUCUCAAUGGCUGAUGAUGCUUAUAAUAUAGGACCAGCACCAUCACAAGAAAGCUAUCUUCGACAGGACAAAAUUAUACAGAUUGCAAAGUCUACUGGCUGUCAGGCAAUACAUCCUGGUUAUGGUUUUCUUUCUGAGAACACAGAAUUUGCAAAUCUCUGCCAAAAAUCAGAUAUCACAUUCAUAGGUCCACCAGCAACAGCUAUUCGUGACAUGGGAAUUAAAAGCACUUCAAAAUCUAUCAUGUCUGCUGCUGGAGUGCCAGUUGUUGAAGGCUACCAUGGGAAUGACCAGUCACUUGACAAGCUGCAAAAAGAAGCUGAACGUAUUGGUUUUCCAGUGAUGAUUAAAGCAGUUCGUGGUGGUGGAGGCAAGGGUAUGAGAAUUGCCUUUUCACCUAAUGAAUUUGAGUCAGAGCUUGAAUCUGCUAAAAGAGAAGCAAUGAAAUCAUUUGGUGAUGAGGCAAUGCUUUUGGAAAAAUUCAUCCAAGAACCAAGGCAUGUUGAAGUACAAAUUUUUGGAGAUAAACAUGGGAAUUAUGUUCAUCUUUUUGAGAGGGAUUGUAGUGUUCAAAGAAGACAUCAGAAGAUAAUUGAAGAAGCUCCCGCUCCUGGAAUCUCAGAUAUGCUUCGUAUGGAACUGGGUGCAGCAGCUGUUCGAGCAGCACAGGCCGUGGGUUAUGUUGGUGCUGGAACUGUAGAAUUCAUUCUUGACAGGCACAACCAUUCCUUUCAUUUCAUGGAAAUGAAUACUCGACUGCAAGUGGAGCAUCCUAUAACUGAAAUGAUAACUGACACCGAUCUUGUUGAAUGGCAGAUCAAGGUUGCUGGGGGAGAAGAAUUACCUCUUAAACAGGAUGAAAUUAAAUUAAAUGGUCACGCUUUUGAAGCUCGAAUUUAUGCUGAAAAUCCCAACAAUAACUUUUUACCGGGGGCAGGUCCAUUGCGUUAUUUAUCAACUCCUGUACCAGAAACAGAUGUACGUGUUGAAACAGGUGUACGUCAAGGAGAUGAAGUUUCUGUACACUAUGAUCCAAUGAUAGCAAAAUUAGUCGUUUGGGGAAAAAAUCGACGAGAGGCGCUCAUGAAGCUGCGUUCUCAGCUAUCAUCAUACUAUAUCGCAGGUCUUGACACGAAUGUGAACUUUCUUUUGGAUCUUUCAAAACAUGAAGCAUUUAUAGAUGGUCAAGUGCAUACUAAUUUCAUAGAAGAACAUCGAAACCAGUUGUUGACUGAUCAGAAUACAAUGCCUUCCGAUGAACUAAUUUUGCAGGCUUUCCUGGCUCAGUUACUCAAGGAAAAGGAGUUGGCAGUUAAAUCAGUGCGCAAUAGCAACAACCCAUUUGCAACUGAAGUGGGUUUUCGAUUAAAUCAUCUUUUGAAGCGCACUGAAAUCCUCAGUUGUCCAGGCAUUGAGAGUAUAGCAGCAGAUAUUACAUAUAACAGAGACAAAUCAUAUUUGAUUAAAAUAAAGGGAAAUGAAAAGGAAUAUACAAUAAAUGGGGAACUUACAAAGUCAGGAGAUUCAUUUGAUCUUUCUUGCUCAAUUGAUGGGCAUGUUAUAAAGUCCCAUAUUUUCUUCUGUGAGAGUGACAUAUACAUAUUUACAAAAGAUGGCAGUCAGAAGUUCAAUAUACCAUUGCCAAAAUACAUGAAAGAAUUAGAGGAAAUGAGUUCUGGAGUGAGUGGAAGCAAUGCUGCAACAGCUCCAAUGCCUGGAGUUAUAGAUAAAGUGUGGGUCUCGGAAGGACAGACAGUGGAAGUAGGACAGCCCUUAAUGAUUAUAAUUGCCAUGAAGAUGGAGUAUUCAGUACGUGCACCACUAGCAGGAAAAAUUGAAAAAGUUCUCUUCAAGCAAGGAGAUUCUGUUUCUAAGAAUGCAGUACUUGUCAAAUUUGAAGAAACUGAUUCUAAUGCUUGAUUGCUGUACAUCGUAUUAUCUCCGAAGUGCUGUGCCUGCCACAGCAGUGCUUUACAAGCUGUGUGGAUGAUGUGAUCUGAAACUGUAGCAGCUGCAUUGGAAAGCUUCAUCUAGCAGUCUGAAACUGUGUUAUCAAGAAGCACCCUACUGCUCCCCCAUACUGGGAUCACACUAAUGCAGCUGUGGUGUGACACGUUAUGUGUGCUCCUUGCCAUCUGGAAAUGAGAAAUAUAGUUUUAUCCUAGGACAUAAUUCUUUUAUGUAUAUACAAGUGAGUGAGUGAUUGAGAGAGAGAGAGAGAGAGAGAGAGAGAGAGAGAGAGAGAGAGAGAGAGAGAGAGAGAUAAUUUAGGCACUGUGAAUGAGCAUACUGAUUAAUGUGCCAAAUACAAAUUCAUGACAAGUAUCAUCUCAGGUUAAUCAAUCAAAUGAUCUGUGUAAGGUUCAAUGCAUUUAUUUAAACUGUAAGCUCACAUUCCUGCCUCUACGUUCAGUAGGUGGUGUUCGUUUUUUCCAGUUAAAUAUAUAUAUUCAUGUUUUUCUUUGUAAUUAUUUUCCUUCUCACUGAAAAUUCUUAGUACAAAAAGAUGGUAUAAAUGUAAAAAAAAAGGAAAAGAUUAUCUUGCUUUCCUGUAGAUGAGUAGUUGUUAGGUUAAAAAUUAAAAUAAUUAUUCAAUGUCUUGAGCUAUCAGUUAAAGUGAAAAUUUUUUAACAGUGUCAGAAGAAAUAACACACAGGAUUAAGAAAGUAUUAAGUUUCAAAGUUAAUAGUAACAAACAAAAAAAGUGUCAGAUGCUUCAAACAGAAAUAAUGGUUGAAACAAACAGCCCAAAUAAGUUCCUAAGAAAUUUUUUCUGACUCAGAGUUUCCAGUUAUUUUAUGUUUCACAUUCAUUGUGACUGUCUCUGUUUUUCUUCUUUGAAAGCUUUUGGAAGAGGGGUGCUUGAUUGUAAAACCCAGGAUGCAGCAUCUAUAUUUGUUUGGUUUUGCUAAAAUUUGAAAUAGUUGGUACCUGAAAAAAUAAUCAAUUGAAAAUUCGUGUGAUAAUAAUGUGACAUAAAAAGGUAACUUUGUUGCUAGCCAGUCUUCCAUAUUGUGACUAAAGAGCAUAUGCCAAACUGUUUAGCAGUUACAAUGAAAAUGUAUAUUUCACAGCUGCAUAUGUUAAAUCAUAUAGAUGGCUACCAAGUAAGAGAUGGGAUGUUCUAUUUCGCUAACAUGUUUUGGUAGAAAUUGUAACUAUUUUCAUAUUUUUUUUUAUACUGUUAAAAAUGUGAACUGGUCAAAUAAACAGUGAUAUCUUGUAUGA